CUCUAAGGCGGAAGGAGGAUCAGUCAGUCCUGAGAGAAACAUCAUGUAGUUCAGCAGAGACUGGAGACAGUUUAUAUAACACUACACUGAGUUUUUACCUCUUUUUUAUCCACCUGGAGCCUCAUUUUCUGGGUGUUUUAACAUCAAACUGACGUGAUGUUCCUCCGCGGAUCUAAAAAGCGACGGUCUAACCGCUCGCAGGAGGAAGAGGACCCGGACCGAGGGCAGCCCUGUAUGCGCUGCGGGGAUCAGUGCCCCGGCUUCCAGGUCCACGGCUGGAGGAAGAUCUGUGUGCACUGUAAGUGUGCGCGUGAGGAACACGCGGUGCGGGCCGUGCCGGGUCAGCUGGAGAAGAUGAUGACCAAGCUGGUGUCCGACUUCCAGAGACACUCCAUCUCCGACGACGACUCCGGCUGCGCUUCAGAGGAAUACGCCUGGGUGCCGCCGGGGCUCAAGCCCGAACAGGUGUACCAGUAUUUCAGCUGCCUGCCGGAGGACCGGGUCCCGUAUGUAAACAGUCCGGGGGAGAGAUACCGGAUCAAACAGCUGCUGCACCAGCUGCCAGCUCACGACAGCGAGUCUCAGUACUGCAACACUCUGGACGACGAGGAGAAGAAGGAGCUGCGAGUGUUCAGUCAGCAGAGGAAGAGAGAGAACCUGGGCCGAGGCGUCGUCAGACUCUUCCCUCUGACGAUGACGGGCGCCAUCUGCCAACAGUGUGGCCGUCAGAUCUGCGGGGGGGACAUCGCGGUGUUUGCCAGCCGCGCGGGGCAGAGCGGCUGCUGGCACCCUCAGUGUUUCCGCUGUCACACCUGCAGCGAGCUGCUGGUCGACCUCAUCUACUUCUUCCAGGAGGGAAACAUCUACUGCGGCCGGCACCACGCCGAGAGGCUGAAGCCCCGCUGCCAGGCCUGCGACGAGAUUAUUCUGGCUGAUGAGUGUACGGAGGCCGAGGGGCGGUACUGGCACAUGAAGCACUUCUGCUGCUUCGAGUGUGAGGCGGCGCUGGGCGGGCAGCGUUACAUCAUGAGGGAGAGCCGGCCGUACUGCUGCUCCUGCUACGAGUCGCUGUACGCCGAGUACUGCGACACCUGCGGGGAACAUAUAGGUAUCGAUCAGGGCCAGAUGACGUACGAGGGGCAGCACUGGCACGCCGUGGAGUCGUGCUUCUGCUGCGCCCGCUGCCGGCUGCCCCUCCUCGGCCGGCCCUUCCUCCCCCGAUCGGGACUCAUCUUCUGCUCCAGGCCCUGCUCUCUGGGAGAAGACCCCGACAACUCCGACUCCUGCGACUCCGCUCUGCAGAUCAGACCCACUCAGCACCGGCGCUGGGAGGCGGGGAAACACCAGCAGCACUGUGGGUCUCCUCUGCAGCCACCAGAGGGCGUCAGGCUGCCGGUGACUGUCUCUAAAGACUGCAUACACACAGCGGGGGAGAACAGAGGUGUUCACUGCACCACUCCGGUUCAGAACGGCCUUCCCUCCCCCGCUGGUCAGCCUCACCCCCGGGGCUCGUACUCCCCUCUCCCCCACAUCCAUCUAGGAAACGGCUUAGGCCCGUCGUGGCCCAGCGACCUCCCCCACUACAGCUUACUGCCGGGGGACACGGCUCCGGCGCUGAAUGGGAAUACUGGACUGACUGGUCUGAACUCGAGAGGAACGAGCAGCGCUAAGGACUGCAGGAACUGGGUGGAGAGGACCAACCAGGUGAUGCAAGUGUUUCCUCCUCAGAAAAACUCUCACCUCAUCUCCCCCAUCUCCCCCCCCGACCCCUCCUCCGUCCUCCCCCCUCCUCUCCCGUUGAAGUCACGUGACGUGAUGUCCCGGGACUCCCCUUCUCCGAGCCUCCCCCCGCCGCCACCACCGCUGGAGGACACGCCCUCAGACUCCCCCCCACCUCUGUCCCGCAGCGGCACAGCCAGGGUCAGCUUCAGAGAGCCAAUCAGCAGCAGCUACUCUGUGGAAGGAGAGGAGGAGGAGGAAGAGGAGGAGGAUCUGAGGGAGGAAGAGGAGCAGCAGCAGGAGGAAGAGGAGGAGGGAGGCUUUGGGAGCCGGCUGAAUCUGCAGAAGGGAAUCCCCCCUCAGAUGGAUCUGCUGGAUGGAUCCUCGUAUCACCAGCGGAGUCUGCGGCGGGGCUGGAGCAGGACUCGUGUUCCCUCGGACCCCGCCCUCCACACCGGGUCAGAGCGGCGGCCCCGACGCUCUCGAUCCGAACGACCCCGCCUCGACGUCCUGGACUGGAGGGGGGAGAGAGGGGAGAGGGAGAAGGGGGAGAGAGGGAACCCCUCCUCUCUCAGCCUGCAGCUGAGACACUACAAACACGAGGACUGCUCCACCUGCUCCUCCUCCUCAGACUCCGAGGAGGAGGGCUUCUUCCUGGGGAAACCUAUCCCUCUGCCCCCCCAGCUCCGGAAACAGCCCCCCAAGGAGGACCGAGGGCGAGAGGAGGAGGGGGAGGAGAGGGAGGUUCAGAAGGGGGGGCUGAGAGGCAGCUUUAGGAGGAGGAGAGCUCACAGCCUCGGAGCUAAGGACAAAGAUAAAAACUGUGCCAUCUCCUAACAGCACAGAUCUCCCGACCACAGACCGUUCACUUACACCAUUUCCCAGAGUGGGAGGAGUAAAGUCUGUCUCCUCACGCAGCCCCUCCUCACUCUGGUGUUCACAGGGUUCAUGAUAACACAAGACAUGCAGACUUUAAUAACAAAGGUGAUCUGCAGUCCCACCCUACUUAUCAAGAGGAAGCAGAGCACACCUCAGACCUGACCUUUAAUGCAACAGUCCCACAUGAUGGGGUAUUAGGCUCACUGUAGGGGGAGGAGUCAUGGGGAAGGGAGCCAGGGCAGGGGAAGUAAUCCAAGGAAAUACUCAACAUUUCUGAGCAAAGCUUUUCCGAAAUUAUUAAGGAACAAAAAUAAGAAAAAACCUACAAAUUCUCAGAAAUGAUUACAUAACAAAUCUAGCAAAUCAAAUAUUUUCUGAGAUUACAAAGUCAGAAAUGUACCAGAAAAAAUAUUCAGAAAUUGAGAUUUGAAAUAAUAGAUUAAUGAGAAGAACAUUGAGAAUAUAUCUGAGAUUUUAAGUAAUAAUUUAAAGAGAAAAUAAACUAAAUAUUCCAGAAUUCAAGUCAUACAUUUACGAGAAAAUAAAUCAGAGAAUUUCUGAUAUUUUAAGUUCUGAAUAUACGAGACGGGGAAAAAAUCCAGUCAGAAAUGUGCAAGAAAAAAUCUGAACAUAAACAAGACGAUUGGAUAAACGUUAGUAAAGAUUUAUUUAUAUGUUUUGUCUUUACUUAGCAAGGUUGGUUCUGCUCAUCACAUUGCCACCUGUCGUGUAUCAGGACCUUCAAUGUAUGAAUGAAGCAUUUGAAAAAUAGGGUUAGGGUUAACCAACGACUUACAUCUCAGGAAUUCUGAUUUACUCUCUGGAUUGUUUCCCUUCCAGCAUUGAAUUGUUAUUGUUCUAUACAGCCCAUAAUACGCCGUCACCGUGUUGACUCCUAAUGCAGUGUAUACAUGUUUAUGAAUCCUGUGAAAAGUGAUGAAUGUGGUUAUUAAAACUCGCUCCUCCAUCAAGAAAAUAUGGAAUAUAUAUUAUUGUUAACCACUUCUCUGUGCUCUUAUGUGCAAUGUUUUAUACAUGACUGUAAACUACAGCUAAGAACACUCAAUGGCCAAAUAUUAUGGGAUGGAGUUUCACACAAAGGAGGAUUCAAAGUGGCUCCCUGAGGUUGUGAGUGUUGUGCAGUCCAGAUAAAACACUGCAGCGUUUCUGUGCGUUCACGUCUUAUAGUGGAAAAACACUUUGACUUAUUUUGAUAUACUUGGUGUCGGUCGCUGUUUUAUUUCUGUUUAAAACGAGAUUAUAAAUCUGUUGGUAUGAUUGUGAGAGACAACUUUAUGCUGAUAUUAAAUUUGUCUAAAUUCUU